UCUCUCUCUCUCUCUCUCUCUCUCUCGUGUCCUUCUUGUGACAAUUAACAAGGAGCUAGCUCUUCUCUCCUCACCAGAAAUGAAGGAGGGAAUUCCCUUGUUUUUUGUCUUCUCCUCUUGUUGUACAGCAAAUCCCAAGUUUUGUGUUCAUCCAAAAAAUAAAUAAAUAAAUAAUUAAAGAGAAAGGAAACAAUAGAGAUAGAGAGGGAGAGCUAGAGUUUGAAAAGAAGAGAAGAGAAAGACAAAAGUUCGUAAAAAAAGUUCUUUUCCUUUCAUUUUUUCCCUCUCUCUCUAGCUUUCAAUGUCAAACAUCUCAGCUGAUGGUGGGAGCUUCUCUUCUGGCAACACUGGUGGAGAUGAAGUUCUUGAAAAACAGCUACAGCAGCAGCAUCUGAUAUUUAGUGACCACUUCAAUGGCUCUGAUUUGGUGCCUACACCUGAUCACAUUAAUGAUGGAUCAAGUUCUCAACUGCCGGUUAAGAAGAGAAGAAAUCUACCGGGAAAUCCAGAUCCCAGUGCUGAAGUCAUUGCUCUAUCACCAAAAACCCUAAUGGCAACAAACCGAUUCGUGUGUGAAAUUUGCAACAAGGGAUUCCAAAGGGACCAGAACCUUCAACUGCACCGUCGAGGCCAUAAUUUGCCAUGGAAGCUCAAGCAGAGGACGAGCACGGAGGUAAGAAAACGCGUCUACAUUUGCCCUGAAGCUUCAUGCGUCCACCACAACCCGGCUCGCGCAUUAGGUGAUCUUACAGGCAUUAAGAAGCAUUUCUGUCGAAAACAUGGCGAGAAGAAGUGGAAAUGCGAUAAGUGUUCCAAAAAAUAUGCAGUGCAAUCGGACUGGAAAGCUCAUUCAAAGACCUGUGGUACAAAGGAAUAUAAAUGUGACUGUGGUACCAUCUUCUCCAGAAGAGAUAGCUUCAUCACUCACAGAGCAUUCUGUGAUGCCCUAGCUGAAGAAAACAACAAAGUAAACCAUGGCUUGACAGCAGCCAACAUGGAAGGUGACAUACAAGGCCAACUCUCCGACACCAAAAACCCGAUAAAGCCACUGUCCCACGAGCUCAUGCCGAGGUCUCAGAAGCCCUUGAACAUGGCAGGAAGCAUGUUCUCAAGUAACCCUACAAGCCUCUUUGGCAGCCCAAGAAACAUGUUAUCAUCCUCUUCUAAUUGCCUUCAGCUUAGUGCAAAUUCAUCGGAGGACUUCAAUAGCCACCAAAUAGCCGGCUCAGGCCAGAUGUCCGCGACAGCCUUGCUACAGAAAGCAGCCCAAAUGGGAGCCACUGCAAGUAGUAACGUGAGCUCUCCGAUAAUUCAAAAGGGCUUUGCCACAAGCAUGGCACCGUCAUCAUUUAAUGGGCUAAUGCCACAGCAACUUGGCAGCUCAUAUGACCACAUUCAUCCCCAAACCGAUCAAUCACAACUUGCCGGUCUCAUUGGUGGAUUCACAAGCCAUUUCUUGCAAAAGGGACCUCAAGAAACUUCGUCGUCACAGUUUCUUGACGCUAGCAAUGGGGUGCAUGACAUUGGAAUGUACAAUAACGGACUAGUGUUCAAUCAAAAUGAAGGGUUGUUAAAGAACACGACGGAAGAGCAUGAUGAUACUAAUAGUAAUUCUAAUCAAGGGUUUCGUGCGCCUACAAGCGCGAUGACUGUUGAUUUUCUAGGGAUUGGAGGGAUGAGACCGCGGAAUUUUCGUGAACGACAACAGCAAGGAAUGGAGUUUGAUGAAGCAAUAAGUGAUCAGGAGAGAAUGCAGGGUUUGAAUCCCUUUCAACAACAAAUCUGUAAUGGGCAAGCAACCUUAGAGAAACACAUGUGGGAUGUUUGAGAACACCACAGUGACUUUUUUCUUCACCUUGUCUUCUAUUUUUAGUUCUUUGGUGUAAUUUUGUAUUAAUCUUAUAUGGAAGAACCAAAUUAAUAUGUCUCUCUAAAGAGAGAGACAUUAAGAACAUUGGCUAUAUAAAAAAUGAGAAAUUAAAUUUCCUAA